GUGACGGGCCAGCUCACUCCUACAGUCUGAAGUGCACAUGUGAGCGGCUGAAUAAAGAAGGCGUUUGAAGAGAAGUGAAAGCUGAAGUUUAAGACACUCUGUCAUGUCAUCCUCAGUUCAAAGAGUCAGAGUUCAGAGGUCAAAUCAAAGUCGUCCUUUCCUCUCAUGUCUGACUUCAUGGAUGUGAUUAACAUAUGAAAGAGCCGCCAGGUGUUUGAUGGCGGUUUAAAUGUGAACGCUGCGCACCUGGGCAGCUCAGAGGCCUCAGCAGCAGCUUUUAGUCAUGGACGGAAGCAGAGUGUCGGACUUCAGCAUCGAGCGCAUCCUGUCCCCGCAGCUCGGACACAAGCCGCCGGUGACGGACGUCUCACCGGACGGAUACAUCCAGGGGCUGCCCGGAGGAUUCAGUCUGGACUCCGGGAGCCCCAGACCUCCUGUCCCGGUCCCGGUCCCGGUCCCGGUCCCGCUGCAGGUGCCAGGCUGCCUGCAGUACCGGGGGCUGAGCUUCGGAGAGGCGUUUUGUCCGUACGGAGCCGCUUUCCACCACGUGGACUUCAGCAGCAUGUACUCAAAGCCGGGAGUUCACGUGCACUUCAGCAGCCAGGAGUCCGCAGACACUCAGCAGCUGGCAGGUUACCAUGGUUACCAUCAGGCCGGCGUGUCCGCGCAGGCGCAGCUGCGUCACAAGUCCCGGAUGAGGACGGUGUUCACCGACAGCCAGACGAAGCGGCUCGAGGCGCUGUUCGAGCUCACCGACUACCCGGCGGCGGAGGCGCGGGCGGAGGUGGCGAGGAGCACCGGGCUGAGCGAGGAGACCGUCAGGGUGUGGUUCAAGAACCGCAGAGCGCGGAGGAAGCGCCAGCGCAGCGGCAUCAAGACCAGAUGCCCCUCAUCUCCUCUGUGAGGGGCCCCUCACCUGACAGGUGACGCUGAACUCUUCACCUCCUUCCUCUGAUCCGAUGGUCAGCUGACCCGCUGAGACAUCCGCCCUGAUGUGACUGCUGGCGAGCCAACAUCUGUGGUGAUGCAUUCACAGGUGGCUGGGAGAGUCUGAGACCCCGGACACACUGAAGUGCACAUUACUCAGUGACUUCUAGUUUUCUAGAUUUAAGUUAUUCUGAACUUUCUAUAUAAUUUAUGGAAUCGGUGUAUUAAAGACACUGUGUGUAGGUUUGAAACAAACUCUGCAAACUUUUCAUAGCGAAAUAAAAACGGUUAUCAUGUGAUGAAUUCAGUACCGAGUCGGUUCUUACUUUGUGUUUCAGACUGCAUUUCACACUAAAACUUGAGGAAGGUGUAGUCUGAAAACUGACCACCAGGUGGCAGCAUUAGAGUUCAGUACUGUAUCA